AUGAGGUAUCAGUUUGAUCGAAUUCAAGCUGCAAUUUAUAUAUUUUUUUAUACUUUAUUUUCUUCAUUACCAUUUUUUUUUUGUUUAAUUUAUAUUUAUUUUAAUAAAUUUUCUUUAAAUUUAAUAUUUUUUUCUUUAAAUAUAAAUUAUUCUUUAAAUUUUUUUAUUUAUUUUUUUAUUAUUUUAGCUUUUUUAGUUAAAAUACCUAUAUUUUUGGUUCAUUUAUGAUUACCAAAAGCUCAUGUUGAAGCUCCUGUUUCAGGUUCUAUAAUUUUAGCAGGAAUUACUUUAAAAUUAGGUGGUUAUGGGUUGAUUCGUAGAAUAAGUUUUUUAUUUUUUUUAAAUGUAAAAUUUAAUUUUUUUUUUAUUAUUUUAAGAUUAAUAGGAUCUUUAAUUAUUAGUUUAGUUUGUUUAGUUCAAAUUGAUUUAAAAUCAUUAAUUGCUUAUUCUUCUGUUGUUCAUAUAGGUUUAUUAUUAGGAGGUUUAUUUACUUUAACUAAUUGAGGAGUUAUAGGUGCUUAUUUACUAAUAAUUUCACAUGGUUUAUGUUCUUCUGGUCUUUUUUGUUUAGUAAAUAUUAUUUAUGAACGUUUAAGAAGACGAAGUAUUUUAAUUAAUAAGGGUUUAAUUAAUUUUAUACCUAGAAUAACUUUAUGAUGAUUUUUAUUAUGUUCUUCAAAUAUAGCAGCUCCACCUUCUUUAAAUUUAUUAGGUGAAAUUUUUUUAAUUAAUAGUUUAAUUUUAUGAUUAAAAAAUUUAGUUUUAAUUUUAUUUUUAUUAUCAUUUUUUAGAGCUGUUUAUUCAAUUUAUUUAUAUUCAUUUUCUCAACAUGGUUUAUUAAAUAUGAAUUAUUAUUCUUUUUCUCAACCUUGUUUACGAGAAUAUUUAUUAUUAAUAAUACAUUGAAUUCCUUUAAAUUUAUUAGUAUUAAAUUGUGAAAUUUUUAUUUUUGUUAUAAUUUAAUUUAAGUAGUUUAAUUUAAAACUAUGAUUUGUGGUGUCAUUAAUAUAAAAUUUUUUGUCUUAAAUUAUUGUUAAUUUGUGUAUUUUAUUAAGUUUUUUUAUAUUUUUUUUUAGAAUAUUUUUUUUUAUUAUAAGUUUAAUUUUUUUUAAUGAAAUUUAUUUUAUUGAAUUUAAUAUUUUAUCAAUCAAUUCUUGUUCUAUUGUUAUAACAAUAUAUUUUGAUUGAAUAUCAUACAUAUUUUUAAGAGUUGUUUUUUUUAUUUCAUUUUCAGUAAUUUUUUAUAGAAAUUUUUAUAUAAGAGAUGAUUUAAAUAUAAAUCGUUUUAUUUUAUUAGUUUUUAUAUUUGUUUGUUCAAUAAUUUUAUUAAUUAUUAGACCUAAUUUAAUUAGAAUUUUAUUAGGUUGAGAUGGUUUAGGAUUAAUUUCUUAUUGUUUAGUAAUUUAUUAUCAAAAUAUUAAAUCUUUUAAUGCAGGUUUAUUAACAAUUUUGAUAAAUCGUAUUGGUGAUGUUGCUUUACUUUGUUCAAUUUCUUGAAUAUUAAAUUAUGGAAGUUGAAAUUAUAUUUUUUUUUUAAAUUUUAUACAAAUUAAUUUAAACAGAAGAUUAAUUUUAUUUUUUAUUUUAUUAGCUUGUUUUACAAAAAGAGCUCAAAUUCCUUUUUCUUCAUGAUUACCUGCUGCUAUAGCAGCUCCUACACCUGUUUCUUCUUUAGUUCAUUCUUCUACUUUAGUAACAGCAGGAGUUUAUUUGUUAAUUCGAUUUAAAGAUUUUUUUAUUAUCAAUAAUUUAUUAAUUUUUUGAGG